AUGACAUGUGACAACAAAUUGGUAGAAAGAGUUGUAAUAGCGGUGACUGUCAACUUAUCCAUGUGUAAUCCUACUCUUUCCGGAUUAAUUUAUCGCUUUCAUCUUUCCGAAAACUAUUUAAUCAUUCAAUUGGAAAUGCUCCUAUUUGUACAAUACAUAACAUACCAUUCAAAUAUCAUUACGCCAUGCAAAAGAUGCCUGCCUAAACAGCCUAAUAAAUCGAAAGUAACGAAGAAAAUGAAAUGUAUGCUCUUCAAAAGGCUACUUACCCUCGAAAGUAAGCAGUACCCUUUGUCCUGUCAUCUCAUCUCGGAAGACGAAACGAACAGCUCACUGAUACAAGCAGUGAGUGGACACAUUGGAGGAUAG